AGUUUUACAUCAAACAACAUAGUAGUAUAAGUAUAAUCUACUGAACAGCUAAAAGGGGCCAAAAAUCAAUUCAUGUUAAUUUUUGUUUUGGAAAUUCGCAUUUCCAGUAAUUCUGGCAGCACGUAAAGGCAACAUCACUAUUGUUCACAUGUCCCUCUUGCUAGGCCCCCCAAACCACGGCUCUAAUUUUUAUUGGUUAUCUCCAACACGACAUGAUCAACCAUGUUUCGCGACACAUGCUAGACUUAGUGUCGGGCUCUGUUAUUGGUCUAAACGUUUGGCGCCUCUCAACUCGGCAGUAGCUGCGGUGGGCGGCGAGUGGAGGCCGGCGAGCUGCAGUUAGAAGCUCAGGAGUAGCGGAAACUAAGAAAUAUUUACUUUAUUUAUUGACUCUGUCUUUUUUUUAAUCGCUACAAACCGUUGAGUCUUUGAUUCUCUAGUUCAGUUUAAAGUGCUGUGCCUUCUUACUAUUUCCACGUACCAGGGACCUAAAUCCGGUUAAGCACAAAGUGAACCGCUGUUUCCUCCGAAGCUAACUGCAAAUUAGCCGGAGCUAACCCACAGCUAAUCUCCAACACAAAGGACGAGUGAGACCGGGUUUCACUUGUCCAUCUCGGAUACCUCGAUUGAAUGAGCACUGACCCAACUGAGCAGGUAGAAGGCACUGUUGAUCAUGGUGCUCACAGGGAAACGCUCCGAAAAAGGCCCUGCCUGCUGGAAGAAGAGGGUCAAGUCUGAGUACAUGAGGCUGCGGCAACUCAAACGCUUCAGGCGUGCAGACGAGGUCAAGAGCAUGUUCAACACCAAUCGCCAUAAAAUCAUGAAGCGAACCGACAUUUUGAACCAGGAGUGGAAGACCAGGCGUAUUCAGCCCAUUCACAUCAUGACGUCUGUCGGCUCUUUGAGAGGAACCCGAGAGUGUACAGUGGACAGCGGUUUCUCAGAGUUUCCCAGGCAGGUGAUUCCACUGAAGACUCUCAACGCCGUGGCCUCUGUGCCCGUCAUGUACUCGUGGUCUCCACUGCAGCAGAACUUUAUGGUGGAGGAUGAGACAGUUCUCCAUAACAUCCCCUACAUGGGCGAUGAGAUCUUGGACCAGGACGGGACUUUUAUAGAAGAGCUCAUCAAGAACUACGAUGGGAAAGUUCACGGGGACAGAGAGUGUGGCUUUAUCAAUGACGAAAUUUUUGUGGAGCUGGUCAACGCUCUCUCACAGUACAGCGACAACGAAGACGAGGAAGAAGAGGAGGAGCAGGACUACAAGGUGGAGAAGAUGGAGAUGUGCGAUGGCAAGGAGCAUUUAGAUGAGCACCACAACGACGGGCUCGUGAACAGCGAGAAUCGAACGGUCAAUGAUGGCAACAAGAAGUUUCCCUCUGACAAGAUUUUUGAAGCAAUCUCUUCCAUGUUCCCUGACAAGGGAUCGACUGAGGAGCUCAAAGAGAAAUAUAAAGAGCUGACGGAGCAGCAGCUGCCAGGAGCACUGCCACCAGAAUGUACCCCAAACAUCGAUGGACCUAAUGCUCGCUCAGUGCAGCGUGAACAGAGUCUGCACUCCUUCCACACCCUGUUCUGCAGACGCUGUUUUAAAUACGACUGCUUCCUCCACCCUUUCCACGCAACUCCAAACACCUACAAACGCAAGAACCUGGAGAACUUGGUGGAGAGUAAACCCUGUGGCAUUGACUGCUACAUGUACCUGGUGCAGGACGGGAUGGUGAGGGAGUAUCCAGCAGGUGUGGUGGCAGAGCGCGCCAAAACGCCCUCCAAACGCACAGCCGGGCGUCGACGGGGGCGUCUGCCAAACAGCAACAGCCGACCCAGCACGCCCACCGUCUCCUCUGAGACCAAAGACACAGACAGUGACCACGAGGGCAGCAAAGACGACGAGAGGGACAACGACAAGGACGACGAGGACAAGAAGGACGAAAACACCAGCAGUUCAGAAGGAAACUCUCGGUGUCAGACACCUGUGAAGAUGAAGCUGAGCGGAGAACCAGAGUCCGUGGAGUGGAGCGGCGCGGAGGCGUCUCUCUUCAGGGUUCUCAUCGGGACAUACUAUGACAACUACUGUGCCAUCGCUCGCCUCAUCACCACAAAGACCUGCAGACAGGUUUAUGAGUUCAGAGUGAAGGAGUCGAGCAUCAUCGCCCGAGCACCUGCUGAGGAUGAGGACACGCCUCCCAGGAAGAAGAAGAGAAAACACCGCCUGUGGGCCACACACUGCCGUAAGAUCCAGCUGAAAAAAGACGGCUCAUCCAAUCACGUGUACAACUACCAACCAUGUGACCACCCACGGCAGCCAUGUGACUCGUCCUGUCCCUGCAUCACUGCUCAGAACUUCUGUGAAAAGUUCUGCCAGUGCAGCUCAGAAUGUCAGAACAGAUUCCCAGGUUGCCGGUGCAAAGCCCAGUGUAACACCAAACAGUGUCCCUGUUACCUGGCAGUGAGGGAGUGUGACCCUGACCUCUGUCUGACCUGCGGAGCUGCCGAUCACUGGGACAGUAAAAAUGUCUCCUGCAAGAACUGCUCCAUCCAGAGGGGGGCGAAGAAGCACCUGCUCCUUGCUCCGUCAGACGUGGCAGGUUGGGGAAUCUUUAUCAAAGAGCCGGUGCAAAAGAACGAGUUCAUCUCUGAGUACUGUGGAGAGAUCAUCUCUCAGGAUGAAGCUGAUCGCAGAGGAAAAGUCUACGACAAAUACAUGUGCAGCUUUCUGUUUAACCUCAACAACGACUUUGUCGUCGAUGCAACGAGGAAAGGAAACAAGAUCCGCUUCGCAAACCAUUCUGUUAAUCCAAACUGCUACGCUAAAGUGAUGAUGGUGAACGGUGAUCACAGAAUUGGAAUCUUUGCUAAAAGAGCCAUCCAGACCGGAGAGGAGCUUUUCUUUGACUACAGGUACAGCCAGGCCGACGCUCUGAAGUACGUAGGGAUCGAGCGGGAGAUGGAGAUUGCAUGAAUCUGACGUCUUCCUCAGCGGCACAGAGGCCUUACAAAAACACACACACACACACUCGCACAUAAACACACUUCAGGAAAUCCAAGUGCUCGACAACUUCAGGAAAUC